AUGGAUAAAGAAAAAAGAAAAAAUAAAUUAAAAGGUGGAGCUGAAAAGUUACGAAUGAAACGGCGUGCUGAACUAAAAGCUGCAGGGAGUGAUCCCAAACAAACAAAAAUAUCAUUUCUUAGACCUCCCCAAAAAGUUAAUAAAAGCAUGAUUUCAUCUCCAUCUUCAGAUUGUAAUGAAAAAUCAAAAAUUAUUGAGUUAAAGUCUCAAAAUGCACAGAUUCCUCAAAUUCAAGAAUCUUUUUUACCCACGAAAUCAAAACUAGAUAAUUUAUCAAUAUCAAUUUUACAGGAAUGUCAUCAGGACACAGAUAGUAGAAAAUUGGUAGAUGAUGAAAUGGAAUCUGUAUCCACUGGUAACUUGCCACUACUUGAUAACUCAUCGAUUACUGACACAGAUAAUAAGGAAUCAAAACUAGAUAAUUUAUCAAAAUCAAUUUUACAGGAAUGUCAGGAAAUAGAAAGUAGACAAUUGGUAGAUGAUAAAAUGGAAUAUGUACCCAUUGGUAACUUGCCACUUCUUGAUAACUCAUCGAAACCUGAAGAUAAAAACCUACACAACUUUUUUAAAUCUCAUCCUAUACAACCGUUUGAAAACAUUUUAUUCAACCCAAAUAAAGUAUACUACAGUGUACACAACAAUGUUGCAUUUAAGAGAGAGUGGUUAAGUUACUGUAAAGAAAAUAAUACAUUGUUUUGUUCUUUCUGUUUGGCUUUUGGAAAAGAAGACAACCGCUUCACAGUAGGAUGUUCCGCACUUUCAAGUACUAACCCAUAUACUCGAAUUAAAGAACAUGAAAAAUCCGUUAGUCAUGAAAAUAGUAGUGAAGCAUUUUUACUUUUUAUAAACUCCAAUGAUAUCCGAUCAAGACUUGAUACUGUCAGACGAUUUGAAAAUGAAAGAAGAAGAUCAGUUUUGCAAAGACUUAUUGAUACAAUCAAAUUAAUUGGAAAACGUGGACUCAGUUACAGGGGUGCAAAAAAUGCAGAGGCUGCUUAUACUUUAAAUGAUUUAUCACUAGACCAUGGAAAUUUCUUAGAAAUUAUAUUAUUAUUAGCAAAUUAUGACCCAUUGUUAAAAGAACAUGUAGACAAGGCAGUUAUGCAAAGUCAGAAGUUGUAUGAAUCCAGAAAAGAAGCUGUACAUGCUGGACGUCCUGGUAAAUUUGUUACCUUUUUAUCAAAAACUACUGCAGAUUAUGUUAUAGAUGCAAUUAGUGUUUUAUUAAAGAAAAACCUUUCAGAAAUUAUUAAGAAAUCUGAAUUUUUUAGUGUUCAAAUUGAUUCAACACAGGAUAUAAACGUUCAUGACCAAUUAGCUAUUGUUGUUAGAUUUGUUACAGAUGACGUACAAGAACGUUUAAUAGCAUUAGUGAACUGUAAAUGUGGUACUGGUAAAAAUCUAUGUGAUCUAUUAUGUAAAGUAUUGGAAGAUAUGAACUUGGAUGUUACAAAAUGUGUUGGAAGUUCGACUGAUGGUGCGAGUAACAUGCGUGGACGGUAUAAUGGUUUUUCAGCAUGGCUAAAUAAAGUAAGUCCAGACCAAAUCCAUGUAUGGUGUUAUGCUCAUGUGCUCAAUCUGGUAAUGAUUGAUACAUCUAACGUUACUUGUGAAUGUACUUAUUUAUUCGGUUUAUUAAACUCUAUUGCAGUAUUCGUUAGAGAAUCGUACCUUCGAAUGAAUAAGUGGGAGGGGAAUAGUAAAUAUAAGUUUAUUUCAAAUAUUGGUGAUACACGUUGGUGGUCUAAAGAUAGGUGUUUGACAAAAGUUUUUGGAUUAUAUUCAUUUCCUAAAGAGGCUUUGUUUGUAGAUAUUAUACAGACUCUUAAUGACAUUUAUUUGAGUGAUAAAUUUAAUCAAGAGAUAAGAUUUAAAGCUCAAAUGUAUAGAGAUUCACUUCUUAAGUAUGAAACUGUAUUAACUGCAAAUAUUUAUCUUCAAAUAUUUUCAUCUACAACACCAGUUUCGUUAUACCUCCAGAGUAAAGGUAUGAAUGUUAUUCAAGCUUAUAAUAUGAUUAAAUGUACUUUAAAUACUCUUAAUUCCCAGUCACGAAAAUUUGAUACUAUACUUGAAGUAACAAAUAAAUUUAUCACAUGGGCCAAUUCAAAACUAGAAGAUUUAAACUUAGAAGUUGCAACUACAUUUCCAGUUAAAAGAAUUCUGAAAAAGAAAAAGAUGUCCGGAGAAAAUACAAAUGACCAACCUCAAACAGAUCCAAAAUUAAAAUAUGAAAUAAAUGUUUACAAUGUAAUUUAUGAUCAAAUAAUUAGCAGUUUGGAAAAACGAUUUAAUACUCAUGGCAAAUUAUAUGAAGAUAUAUCCUACUUAAAUCCACAAUAUUUCAUUAAUACUAAUUUACCCACUAUAGCAUUUGAAUUUUUAAGUAAAAAAAUUCAGAAAUUCAAACCUGAAAUAACAGCUGGCAGUAUUCAAACUGAACUUAAAGAUUUUAUUUUAAAAUGGCCAAGACUGAAAAAAAUUGCUUCUGGUUCAAAUUUAAUGGAAGAACUGAGUGAUGAAGAAAAUGAAAUUUUAAUUGAAAGUGAUGAAAAUACUAUAUGUACAGAAAAAGGUAAAGGAAAUGCUUGUCAAAAUUGUAUUAGGUGUGUAUAUGCUGUAUUACACAAAUACAACUUACAUUCUUCAGCUUAUUCUCAUCUUUAUAUAGUUUAUAAAUUUGUAUUGACACUUUCUUGUACACAAAUUAGGUGCGAAACUACUUUUUCAAAACUUAAAUAUAUUCUUAACCGCUUAAGAAAUUGUCUUUCUCAACCAAAAUUAGAGACAUUUCUUUUAAUGUCUGUUGAAAAAGACUUACUUCAAACUAUUAAUAAUGAAGAUGUUAUUGACUUAAUAUCUAAUAAAAGCCAGGAUUUGAUGAAGUUGUUGAAAUUGUAA